AUGGCGGGUGUUUGUUUAUGUUAUUUAGAUAAGAAUGUCAUUAAUGAAUGUCUUUUUUGUUUGUUUGGGACUUUCAUUUAUCAGAUAGGCAACUAUAAAGGCUGGAAUGUAAUUGUGGGUAUGUUCAAACUCUUGGUUGCUUUGGCGCAGUUGGGACUUUACGCUGUUUCGACUUGCACUGCUAAGAUUAUGCAGACGACCUCUGUUACUUCUGAUGAGAUCUUGCGCGCUUCACAAACGAACAGACUCUGCAUGUCAUUUGUUAAUGGUUCGAACGCACAAAAUACGCUUCCGGCCAUGGCCCAAUCCUAUAAUAGCGGGAUGCUACCUCAAGCAACGACUUUGGACUUGUCUCAAAUUCACAUGGACUACAACCCCGAGCACUGUCCUUUGUUUGUUGAUGUAGUUGACAACCACAUUGACCAUGCGCGGAUUGAAAUCCAAGUUCUAAAUUCACUUUCAACCUACAACUAUCUGCAGAACGAGAUUAACAAUAAUCACGGCCUCGAUGUCACACUCGGCGUUUGCAUUCCCUUGAAUCGCAUUAUCCAAAAAAGCCUCCUUGAUAAAGACAGCUUGAUUGACUUGGUGCCAUACACCGAGGUGGAAAUCAAGUCUUUGGCUAUUCGAGAAGACAUGAACUGUUUGGAGCUCGCCUUUGGAGCGUUGGCAUUGAGUCAGUGGAUUCACUCAAAGGUCGCGGCAGCCCCGUGGCAACCCCAUAUCUUCCAAGACGGACCCAUCUACGGUACUUUGUACUUCAAAAAGAGAUACUACCGUCCUGACUUGGCAAAUGAAAUUGUUAAUGCCGCUGACUUAUCCACCGUCGGCCAAAGUCCUGCCUUGGCUACGUAUCGCCGCAUGCCUUUAGAGUCCUUUGAAGCUUCCUCCAUCCCCCAAUCAACGGCCCGCUUAACCAUUUCUUCUAUUGACCUUUCUACUAACCAGUCGAUUAACUUGGUUUCCGACUCAAUUGCAGACACCGUCCAAGAAGCAAUGGCUUUUGUCUUGGCUUGUUUUGAGGUUGUCAAAAGUAAGAACUAUCGUAACGCAUUGGUCAACAAUCUAUAUGACAACUUCAAGCCUAUCUGCACUACCUUCAGUAUUGAUAGCAACUUGGGUUGCAUAGCAACAAGGUCUUUGGAGUUCUCUAACCAGUACAAAAAGCUAAAAGAAGAUAAGGAUUUCAGCUCACUCCUUUCUGGAGUGCGAAAAAUCAAGACUCAAAAACGCAAAUCGAGUGGUGCUGGAAGUAAGACUCAAGGUGGUCUCGGCGGUGUUGGUGGAGUACUCGGUGGUGCCGGCCAACCUGGUGCAACUAGCAUUCCUUGCACUGAAGAGGACUUCAGUAGUGAUGCUGAAGAGAUUACCUUCCUUAAUGAGUUUGUGUUGAAACGUCCUGGUGAGAUGUCCCGAGACGCUUUCGCCCAUCGCAACUUGAUGUCCAAGUAUGGACCGGAGUUGAUGUUCACUCAGAAAUCACAGCUGGUUACGGACCUAUCCAGCCUCUACAACCAGAGCUCCAAUGUAACAACCACUGGCUCACUUUGCUACCACCAAGAGUCCGAUACCAUUACCAAGAACCAAAGUGUCGACAAAUUACUCUCCUACAUGGACUACUUGGUCUCCACUAUCCAAAGCAUCAGAAAGUUCAAGCCCAUUCAGAUUACCAAGGGCGAAGAACAACUCAAGACUAAGUGGAUUGGAGCUAAGACAUUCCAGUCUUCAGUUCGUUCUAUACUGAGCAACUGUCCUCCCCCUCGAGUGCUUGUGCAAUCACAAUCCGCCAAUCUCAUUCCAGUAUUGCCGGAGUUCCGAGAGAUGUCAGACGAUGAAGAAGUGACCAAAGGCUUAGAUGGUGUUCCAAGAAAUCACCAACAAUGGGCCGACUACACUAUUGCCGAGUGCAACGCUGUUUUGAUCCCCGCUCUUAAAUACGCUUUAAGCUGCAAUGACCCCAUCAGCACUCUAACUCUAGGUCUCUACCACUACGUUGUUGAAGUUCUCAUUGGCCAACGACAUGCUCUUUACAUGUGUGACCAAAUGAAGACCGAGCUGAUAUACCAUCUAGGCGUUGCCACCGAUGGCAUCGAGGGUCUUAAUUUAGACCGAGCAAUCGAGGCUAUCAGAGACGAGCUUCGCACAACAGCUAACAUCUGCCAGGAGUUCCGCAAGGUCGUUUUAGGCGAGAUGUUACUUGAAGAACGCGAAGACACCAGUAGUGAUGAGGAAAGCAAGCCCGUGCGAAAAGUUUCAGGCCGAUACGUCAUUGUUCCAAGUAACAAACUGAACGCUGAACAUCUAGAUCAAGGAUUCUUCAGCAAACGCACCAGGAAGACCAUCUCCUAUGUUUCUAUUGGAACGUCUCUUCUAACACUAGUUGGAGGAAUCGCGUAUAUGACAAUGAUCUAA